AGCAAAACAAACUUCCACAAAGCAUAGAGAAGUAAAACGGUGCAAAAAUAGGAGAAAGUUGUCUUCAGCUGUUCUGAUCUCUUCGGUACGCAGGCAUAGGACUGAAAAGUGAAAACCAUCCUCUAACGCCCCCAAACAGGUGAAACUAUUGGGUAGCCUGAAAUGGAACAUUUUGAUUGGCUAAGAACACAUUUACUCUGCCAGCCAGUAAGGAAGAAUGAGCAGAUGCUUUAUCUAUGUGAACUCCACCCCCUAUGACGACAUUGUUGGAAAUUAACCAAUAAAAAUGCAGGCGUGUACGAGCCUUCAUUUGCAUACAGGCUCUAUAAGUAGCGCGUAACCAAGCCCUUCGGAAAUAGUCCGGAUCGUUCUUGGCGUGUGGUGUUUCUUCUUGCAAAAAUGCCUGAUCCAGCAAAGUCGGCUCCUGCUCCCAAGAAAGGCUCCAAGAAAGCGGUCACCAAAGUGCAGAAGAAGGACGGCAAGAAGCGCAAGCGCAGCCGCAAGGAGAGCUAUUCCGUUUACGUGUAUAAAGUGUUGAAGCAGGUGCACCCGGACACCGGCAUCUCGUCCAAGGCCAUGGGCAUCAUGAACUCCUUCGUCAACGACAUCUUCGAGCGCAUCGCCGGCGAGGCCUCCCGCCUGGCGCAUUACAACAAGCGCUCCACCAUCACGUCGCGGGAGAUCCAGACGGCCGUGCGCCUGCUGCUGCCCGGCGAGCUGGCCAAGCACGCCGUGUCUGAGGGCACCAAGGCGGUCACCAAGUACACCAGCUCGAAGUAAGGGCACGUAAAGGACGCAAUAGAACAGCUACUUGACCCAAACGGCUCUUUUCAGAGCCACUUAAUUUGUCACAAAAAGUGGCUGUAAACACCUGCUUGAAGAUUCUGGCUUUUGGUUAGGCAGGGUGGGCCUGAAACUCGAGAACAUUUGGGUUUGGGGCUAGGUUGGGACCGUGGUAAAGAUUACCGGGGCUCUUAAAAUCUGAAACCUGCGUGUGGUGGUGUCCCCUAGUGGCACGACUCUUACUGGUAAGGAAAAACUAGUUGCCAAAAUGGUCUCUACCUUGUUCUACGGAGUUCGCGAUGGAAGCUUAGAUACAGGUGAGUGAGCAAGCAGGUUUGCUAUAGUUUAAAGUUUUGUUUUUGGUGGGGGAUGCUGUUCUACUUUUCUGUCUAAAUGUUAACCCAAAGGUUUCUAAGUGAGCUGGAAUUUGUUUUACUUAGCGUACCCGUGGAAGUCCCUCCAUUCCCCACUGCCUUAAUGUUCUAUUCGUAAAUGUUUCUAGGUGUCUGUCAAGAACGAUGAGCAAUAAAGCAAUAUGCUUUAGUCUAUUGA